CACAGCUGGGAGCUGCUGCUGAGCCGGGAGCGGGGAGCUUGAACUGGGCUAGAGGUGGAGGGAGGAGUGCCCAGGAGAGUGAUGACAUCACCGGCCAGCCCUUGAAAGAUGAGCUGUUCCCCGUGCCACUCCAGCCAGCUCUCAGAUGGGUAAAACGAUUGGGACUGCACGACAGGCGGUCACUGGACCUGGACCGAGGGACUCCCAGGAACACGGACACGGCUUGCUCCAGAAAAGACAUCACCUUGAGCAUGGCAAACAUAACAAGAAAAGACAUCCGGAUAGAGGAAGGCCAUCCCGGGAAGUGAAAGGACCAAGGUUUAAGUCCCUUCACAGCCUAAAAGCACGGCCUGGGAAGCUCUUGACCCUGGAUGUCACAGAAGAGAUUCCUCUCUGUCGUGAACACAAAUGCCUCAUUCUUGGAAGCGACCCAUGCUCCUGUCUGUUCAUGAGGACCCCAUGCCCACCACGGCCUCUUUUGGCAUUGAAAUGUUCAACGUCACCACACAUGCCCUCGGGUCUGCUCUUAACAAGACCCUUUCAGAGGACGACAACUGCCCAGACACCGAGUGGUGGAGCUGGCUCAACGCCACCCAGGCCCCCUUCCUCUGGGUCCUCUUCCUGCUGGCUGCGCUGGAGAACGUCUUUGUCCUCAGCGUGUUCUGCCUACACAAGAACAGCUGCACCGUGGCGGAGAUCUACCUGGGCAAUCUGGCCGCCGCGGAUCUCAUCCUGGCCUGCGGAUUGCCCUUCUGGGCCAUCACCAUCGCCAAUAACUUCGACUGGCUGUUUGGAGAGGUGCUGUGCCGCGUGGUGAACACCAUGAUCUACAUGAACCUCUACAGCAGCAUCUGCUUCCUGAUGCUCGUGAGCAUCGACCGCUACCUGGCCCUGGUGAAGACCAUGUCCAUGGGCCGGAUGCGCGGAGUGCGCUGGGCCAAAAUCUACAGCCUGGUGAUCUGGGUCUGUACGCUGCUUCUGAGUUCACCCAUGCUAGUGUUCAGGACCAUGAGGGACUACCGCGAAGAGGGCUACAACGUCACCGCCUGCGUCAUCGUCUACCCGUCCGGCACUUGGGAGGUGCUCACCAACGUGCUGCUGAACUUGGUGGGGUUCCUCCUGCCCCUGAGCGUCAUCAGCUUCUGCACCGUGCAGAUCCUGCAGGUGCUGAGGAACAACGAGAUGAAGAAGUUCAAGGAGAUCCAGACAGAGAGGAAGGCUACUGUGCUGGUGCUGGCUGUCCUGGGCCUCUUCGUGCUGUGCUGGGUGCCUUUCCAGAUCAGUACCUUCCUGGACACGCUGCUGCGUCUCGGCGUGCUGUCUGGAUGCUGGGACGAGCAUGUGGUCGACGUCAUUACACAAAUCAGUUCCUACGUGGCCUACAGCAACAGCUGCCUCAACCCUUUGGUGUACGUGAUCGUGGGCAAGCGCUUCCGGAAGAAGUCUCGAGAGGUGUUCCAGGCAGUGUGCCGGAAGGGAGGCUGCAUGGGGGAACCCAUCCAGGUGGAGAACUCCCUGGGGACUCUGAAGACCUCCAUCUCAGUGGAACGCCAGAUCCACAAGCUGCAGGACUGGACAGGGAACAGACAGUGAGCAGAAGCCGCCUGGCAGGACCCCUGCCAGGAUGUGUGAAGACUGGCGCAAUCUGGGCUACUCAGUCUGGGUUCAGGAAGGAGCUGGAAGCAUCAUCCUAGGCAGCCCCAGGGAAACAGGCAGAUGAUUCCAGACCUGUCUCAUGGCAUGAGCGUGCUGUGAGGAGUGGGUGCCCUGCAGCACAGAGGGAUUAUCCUUACUGGCUGGCAUUCUGGGGCCCUAUGAAUGGAGGGGUCCUGGGGUAGGGAUGGGAGUGACAACACCUCCUUCCCACAGUAGGUGGGAAAGAACAGUUCUCCAGGAAAACUGCUGCUGGCUUUAGUCCUGUGGCUACAUGCACAGGAGACCCGGCCCGCUUGCUUCCGGGUCUCAUGGUUUGAUGACUUCUUGGUCUCUGAAGGUUAAACUCAAGCAGUCCCUGGUAAGGACUCCAGGAUUCUGCCACUCCUCUCACCCUCAGACAAGGUGGGGAGUGAAAGGGAACCCUCCAGCGCAUUCAUGGAGCACUUGCUGAAUACACAGCAUCACACGCUAUGGGCAGGACGGAAGUGGGUAACUGUCAACCCAGUCUUAAAGGAACCGCAACGUAAGUGGAGGAUGCCCAGGGCCUGCCGAUGGUGUAUGAACGGGAGAGCUGUGGGGAGAGCAGAAAGCACAGGGCCUAGGUGACAGUGGACAGCAGGGGCCUCCACUUCCUCUGCCGUGAGAGUGUCUUGCGCUCUGGAAAGUGAUAGGUGUUAUGUGACUGUGUGGCACAUUACACAGAGACUCCUGGCACAGAGAAAGUCACCGAGCUCAGGAACUACCCUGCAGGGAACAAUCAGUGUUGGAAAACACAGGACAUGCCAGCAGGUGUCUGAGGCCCUCCUGGCUUCUGCCUUCCCCUGUUAGCACCCCACCCCCAUGCACACACAAUAAAGCAUUUGGUACAUGGCGAGGGAGGGAGACUGCAAGGGUUGGUGUUGCAAGAGAUAAAGAGUUCUGAUGGGACCUGCCCAGGGAAUCCACAGCUCACAGCCUGGCUGCAGAUCAGCAGCUGCCCAGGGGAGUCCACGCUGCUUCACAGAGCCCCCGUCUGUGACCAAGGGGCGCCAGUCAGGGGUUUAUUUGAGAGUGGCUCGCAAAGCAGUGGAAGCUACAUAAAUACCAUCCUAGGUCAGCUUAUCCCAGGACACUGAUUCCAGCUCCCUACAUGGCCACAGACUGCCUCGUGAGUGAUGGCAGAGGUGGGCUGUGCUGCCUGGGAACACCUGGGAUGCAGAGGGUGGGGGAGGGGGUGCGAGCAACACACCUGUGCAUUGAACAGAUCUUCCACUAGAGAGGAGAGGAAAGCCGCCCGAGACGGCUUCAGGGCCAGUGGGUUCUCCAUUAGAACCUAUUUCAGAGGCCUUGGAUGGGCUCAGUUGUCAGUGGAGACAGUUGUCCCAGCAACUCAGGUGACAAACACCAUACUUCUAGUUCCAAAAUCUUGCGUGGGAGUUUAUUUUUCCAUGUGUCCACAUCAGUUACUUUUCUCACAGCCAGUAACAAAUUACUGGACAGAAACAGCUUAAGGGAGAAAAAAGGUUUAUCUCAUCUCACAGUAUCAAAAGGGUUUCAGUCCACUGUAGCCUGGGCACGUGACAGGGACAACUUACAUCGGAGUGGCUCCACUGAGACCAGGGGCAGGAUGUGGCUGACCUUCAAAGGCUUGCCCUAGUGACUUUCACCAACUCGGUCUGACCUCCUAAAGCUUGCAUAGCUUCCCCAAAUAGGGCCAGCACUCAGGGAAUAAGAGCUUGAAACAUGAACCCUGGCAGGGGAAAUUUCAGACUCCAACUGUAACAAUGUUACAGACUGGCCCCUGUGACUCACACAACUCUGAGCCCCUGGGGAGAAAUGAGGAAUGCACCGCACAGCCUCUAACACCGAGCCACUUAGGAUCUGGCCACUCAGUAACCCAGGACCUGUGGAGACUCAGGAAGUGAGCAGAGUUAGCGGGUGUUUCUGGCCACACUGGAGCCAAUGGAGUGCUUCCGUGGCAAAACAAAACAAAAAACCUUGCAUCCUGACCAAUCUGACUUUGAAUUUCCUAGCAGAGAAGACCCUGGGAAAUUCCUUUUCUACCCCAUCCUCUGGACCUCCUCCAGCAAACUUAACUGGCAAAGGAAAACAAGCAAUGGUAGGAUGCUAUGCUAGGAUGGAACCGGGUCAUGCCAAUACUGUGAGUGGUAAGCUGGACCCAGACCUCAGAAGAGGUGCUGGUGGACUGUGGGCUCCAGGAACACAGCUGGCCACAGCCUGGACUCCCUGGGUUAGCGCCUGGGUCUCUGCAGGAGGAGAGCCUCCCCUUGUGCCUUGUGUGGGCACGCUGAAGGGAAAUGGUAUGCUGAGAAAGACCAGAGAGCUUGUGCAGAGGAAGUGGCUGGGGUGCCGAUAUGGGGGGGGGACGCCCUGUGUAAACACGCACCUCUUCUGUGCAUUGGAAUAAACAGAUGAGUUUUGCAUAGUUUUGCCUGACUGUGUCACAGUUCCUGAACCCCGGAGCUCUGACUCUGGGAUACUGACCCUGGCAGUUCCUGAGGCUUCUGUCUUGGAGAGAAGGUCAAUGGUCUCCAAGUGUGUCCCUUAGGAGUUAGAAAGUGUGUGUGUUGGGGGGGAGGGGCGGAACAUGACACAACACACAAUUUGUAUUCUUACUAAUAUGCAUUGAAAUAUGCACUCUUAAAUAUAUUAAACAAAUAGAAUUGUACAUUUUCAGAAAAUGCAUGCAUUUGGGGUGUCUUCCUCCAUGCUUCCACAGACAGCUCAUUACCAAACCCCUCACAGAUGCCGUAUCAUAGAGCACUAGGGAUGGCCAAGUCUGGUCAUUCACUUCUAUAAAAUACUUUCAUUUGCCCUCCACCUCAAACCAAGAACAUCCUGUAUGGUGCCAACAUGAAAAGCCACUGUUUGCAUAUCCCCAGUGAUGGGGGUCCCUACAAAUUCCAUUCAGGUUCCACCUCCACUCUCCGUGGUUUUACUCACCCGUUCAUCAAACAAAACUUCAUUCAGUGACUCCACUGCUCAAUCUGCACAUUCCAGAAACCUAGGGCUCAGUGUUCUCUGCACCCCCAUCUUAUCCAUCCCUAAAUGGUUCUGCCCCCUUGGUGUCCCAUGGGUCUUUCAAUGACCAAUCAUUGUGUCUUGCCACUUCUCACCCCCAAUGUUAGCUGUCUCUCAAUUCCCACUCUUCAUUCAAAUAACAGCAGCAUUUUUCAAGACUACGAUCCCAGGAGGCUGUGGUCAUGAUGACCACCAGCUCUGGGGAGCUCAGUUUUCAGAGUCAGGGAGAUGCAGAGUCCCAUUCUGGUGCCCUGGGCUCCUGAUGGAUUCUCAUCCAUAUCACGGCAACUUUAAAAUUGGAAUGAGCGACAGCAUCAAUCAGGUCAGAGACUUGCCAAUGGGUUCGUGAAGGAGAGUGCUGAGAACGGUGUGUGGCACCUCCUUGACAGAAUGGGUGUCAUCUGUGAUGGUGAGAUGAUGGGAGUCAGCAAUGGUGGCAAUGAUGGAGAUAGUCGCAGAAAUGAUGGUAACGGACGGUGAUGAAGGCGUUGCAGAAGCUGGUGGUUAUGGUGGUGAUGGUGCUGAGGAUACUCUCCACAGGGAAACCUUUUGUAUGACCCACACCCCUUGGAAUAAAGGAAGCUACAUGUUCACA